AUGGCGGGACCCAAGUUCGAUGCGGAAGGCUUGAGAGAUGAGUGGGAUGCGAUUGAAGCCAUCCGAAUCCGCCUGCGCUCCGGGAAACCUUUGCUUGAUGGUACAAUGUCCGAAUACUCGAUCAACAGAUGCAAGGCAAAUCGGGAUGUCAUGAUUCCUCUAUUGCUUCGCUCUGUGGCCUCUGAUCACAAGCGCCCAGAGGUGGAGCUUCUGAGAGAAGAGAUCGAAAAUUUGCUGAUGAUGAAUCAGAGAGAGUUUUCGGAGUCGCAUAUUGAUGAUAUGGCAUGGGAAUUGCGCAAACUUCUUAUUUUCAUCAAGCGGAAAACCCAGCGACACGAGGAUCCGGAUUUCCAGGAUAUGUGCCUCAUCCUGAACCCGGAUUUGCAGGAGCUUGUCGACGCGCGCCGUCGGCCUGCAGCCGAGGACAUUCAUGAGUCGCCUGAUGAUGAUGCUGGUGCAACAAGUGAUCCAGAAAACCCUGACCCCAGACCAAGUGCAGCAUCAAAUCCGGCAGCUACGACUACAACGCCGACGAGCACAGCUUCGAUGACUCCCCCAACGGUGGCACCCAAUCCACCUACUAGUGAUGCUAGUGUAGAAGCGGCUCCAGUGCCGGCCCCAGUGGUUGCAGAGACGGGUCCAGCUCCGAUCAGUGCCCCAGCGUGUGCAGAGACGGGUCCAGCUCCGAUCAGUGCCCCAGCGGGUGCAGAGACGGGUCCAGCUCCGAUCAGUGCCCCAGCGGUGACCCCCAAUCGACCUGCUAAUGCAUCAGAUUCGGUGCCACUCCCAGCGAGUCCUGCAGCGCAAGCCCACCCGCUUCGGAAUGCAAAGAUGCGGGCCUCUGCGCCCCCAGCUGCUGUGAGCUCUCCGGCUCCUCCGGUGGCCACUCCUGUGGCGACAAGAUCCCUGGACUCUGACGAGACCCAAGUGAUGGACAUGUUUGAUUGCCCUACCCCAACUGAGCAUGCUGUUCCUUGUGACUUGGCCAUCGACAAAAGCUUGCCAGCUGAUUUCCUUCGUGAUCAGUAUCAGCACGGUGUGGUGCUUUCUCGGCGCGAGCAGCUUGGCCUGCGCAAACGCAAGAAGGACGUGAACAAGCUGGCCAAGGCCAAGAAGCCAGCUCCCAAGGAGAAGGUUAAGCGCAAGAAGUCAGGGCUGUGUAAAUUGCGCCGAAGCAAGCAGGCCUUGAAAUCCGUGGCUUCCGGCAGUGGGGAUCCGAUGCCCGACGGUGAUACUGAGGCCUGGUGGUCACGAGCAGACCACUGGGUUUGGGAUGAUGAGAUGAACAAUUAUGUGAAGCUCGAGAAGGGUGAUGGCUACAUUAGUGUCCAGACACCUGAGGAUCAUGAUGAUGCUGCUAAGCCUGCUAAGAAGGUCAAGACCAAAUGCAGGGUCAGAGGGAAGACCCCGGAGGCUGAGCCCGAGGAGUUGGAAGAGUGUGCCGCCCCGACCCCGAAGCCGAAAGCAAAGGCGAAGUCCAAAGCAAAAGCUUCCCCGAAGGCUUCCCCGAAGGCUUCCCCGAAAGGUGCUGCAAAGGCGAAGGCCAAAGCAAAAUCCAAGUCGAAGUCCAAAGCAGAAGCUUCCCCAAAGGCUUCCCCGAAAGGCGUUGCAAAGGCUAGCAAGAAGGGCGGCCGUCGACCCAGGGCAUCGUCAGUUGCGGCUUACGAUGUUGAGGAGCGCGAUGUGGAGUGGAUUUCCGAUUGGGUUCGGGAGUCAAAUCUCACAGGGUCUCUCGAUGAGUUCAAGCUGUCUGUCCGGCCCUUCCUCCCCGACAAUUCGUUUGGAUACCGGUGCAACAUCUACUGGACAACGGCUAAGUGCGGUGUGACACUGAGAUUCACGGAUGAGUCUGGUGAGAAGAAGCAAACCGAUCUCGUGACGUUUGGCUUUGGCAAGACACGCCUAGCAACAGCUGUACAGCACCUCCAGCAGGAGGAGAUCGUGGACCCGGAAAGCGAGGAGAUCCUGCCGGUCAUCGACUAUUGGAAGACAGCCGGCCGUGUUACUUUCGAUAACCUGGAGCAUGAAGGGCUGUAG